GCGAGCGGGAGCCGGAGUCGCCGCCGCCCGAGCGCAGCAGAGCGCACGCCGAGCCCGUCUGUCGCCGCCAUGGCCACCACGGUGACCUGCACCCGCUUCACCGACGAGUACCAGCUCUACGAGGAUAUUGGCAAGGGGGCUUUCUCUGUUGUCCGGCGCUGUGUCAAGCUCUGCACCGGCCAUGAGUAUGCAGCCAAGAUCAUCAACACCAAGAAGCUGUCGGCCAGAGAUCACCAGAAGCUGGAGAGAGAGGCUCGGAUCUGCCGUCUUCUGAAGCAUUCCAACAUUGUGCGGCUGCAUGACAGCAUCUCUGAGGAAGGGUUCCACUACCUGGUCUUUGAUCUGGUCACGGGCGGGGAGCUGUUUGAGGACAUCGUGGCCAGAGAGUACUACAGUGAGGCGGAUGCCAGUCACUGCAUCCAGCAGAUCCUGGAGGCGGUUCUCCACUGCCACCAAAUGGGGGUCGUCCACAGGGACCUCAAGCCCGAGAACCUGCUCCUGGCCAGCAAGUGCAAAGGGGCGGCCGUGAAGCUGGCGGACUUCGGCCUGGCCAUCGAGGUGCAGGGGGACCAGCAGGCAUGGUUUGGGUUCGCUGGCACGCCCGGCUACCUGUCCCCAGAGGUCCUGCGCAAGGAGGCCUAUGGCAAGCCGGUGGACAUCUGGGCGUGCGGGGUGAUCCUGUACAUCCUGCUUGUGGGCUACCCACCCUUCUGGGACGAGGACCAGCACAAGCUGUACCAGCAGAUCAAGGCAGGAGCCUACGACUUUCCGUCCCCCGAGUGGGACACGGUCACUCCUGAAGCCAAAAACCUCAUCAACCAGAUGCUGACCAUCAACCCCGCCAAGCGCAUCACAGCACACGAAGCGCUGAAACACCCGUGGGUCUGCCAACGCUCCACUGUGGCCUCCAUGAUGCACAGGCAGGAGACUGUAGAAUGCUUGAAAAAGUUCAAUGCCCGGAGGAAGCUCAAGGGCGCGAUCCUCACCACCAUGCUGGCCACGAGAAAUUUCUCAGUGGGCAGACAGACCACCGCUCCGGCCACAAUGUCCACCGCGGCCUCCGGCACCACCAUGGGGCUGGUGGAACAAGCCAAGAGUUUACUCAACAAGAAGGCUGACGCGGUGAAGCCCCAGACAAACAGCACCAAAAACAGCACCGCUGCCACCAGCCCGAAGGGGACACUUCCUCCGGCUGCCCUGGAGCCUCAAACCACCGUCAUUCACAACCCCGUGGACGGGACCAAGGAGUCCUCGGACAGCACUCACACCACCAUAGAGGACGAAGACACAAAAGCGCGGAAGCAGGAGGUCAUCAAGAUCACCGAGCAGCUCAUUGAGGCCGUCAACAACGGGGACUUCGAGGCCUACGCGAAAAUCUGUGACCCGGGCCUGACCUCGUUCGAGCCUGAAGCUCUGGGCAAUUUGGUCGAAGGGAUGGACUUCCACAGAUUCUACUUCGAGAACCUGCUGGCCAAGAACAGCAAACCCAUCCACACGACCAUCCUGAACCCGCACGUGCACGUCAUCGGGGAGGACGCCGCGUGCAUCGCCUACAUCCGCCUGACGCAGUACAUCGACGGGCAGGGCCGGCCCCGCACCAGCCAGUCCGAGGAGACGCGUGUGUGGCACCGCCGCGACGGCAAGUGGCAGAACGUGCACUUCCACUGCUCGGGCGCACCCGUGGCUCCGCUGCAGUGAAGCCAAGGGAGGGGUACAGAGUGGGGAACGGGACACAGGAGGCUGGUCUCCAAGGGGACUGUCCAUCAGCAGACACUCAGAGUGGAUGCUCACCUGCCUGUCCACGGCUGUGUUCAGGACAGCUGUCCCCACCCAUGGACACAGGGUAAACAUCUGCCAGGCUCCCUGGGCCGCGGGCAGUGGCAGAGCUCACCGGGGACAGCGUGUGGCCCGACCACCCUCACCUCCGGGGGCCUCCUCCCCUCCUCCCCUCACCUCUUAUCUCCACGGAGCUGCCUGUCUGGGAUAAUUUGGGGAUUUUUUCUGGGGGAUAGUUCUUUUGCAUGACCCCUCUCGAGCAGGCCACACCUGCUCGUCUAGCUAGAUGUCGGAGGUGUGGCCGCUCUGCGGAGGGCCGGCUGCCCGCAGCGCUGGCCGGCCGCCCCCCCCCUCUUUUUGCUGAGUUCCAUUGUCUUUUCUUUCUGAGCCUUGUAAGUGUAAAAAAUCAUUAUUUUGUUCUGUCUCGGGAAACUGCAAAUAAAAGAAAAACAGGACAAA